AUGGCCCUUUGGCCAGAUGUACAUAUUAUUAAUGAGCAUCCUAGGCACCUACAAUCACAAGAAAUAGUCAAAAGGGCUAAUGGAAUACUGCAAAUUAAUCUUGGGAAAUGGAUAGAAGAUAACCAAACAAGUAACUGGACUGAGGGAUUACCAUUAAUCAUAUAUGCAAUGAACAUUCAAACAAGUUGUGCAACAGGCAAAUCACCAUAUUUUCUCGUAUUUGAACAAGAACCAGUUCAACAUUUUUCAAUACUUGAAGACUAUACUAUAAAACACACUUUACCCUGCAAAGUAAUUGAAGAAUUACCAAACAAGAUGUACUGUUUGCAAUGUAAAAAUGGAAUCAUUAACACAACUUUUAAUGCAAAUGAACUUAUGCCAUUGGGUUCAAAUAAAUAUGAAGAGCUAGAAGUUUGCAAAAAUAAUGUUAUUAGUGUUCGAGAAGUAGCAAGAGUGCAAUCAAUAUCAACUUAG